UUGGAUGCAAAAGAUAAUCUAUAUUUCAACGUUUCCCAUCAGGUAUGUAUAGAACUGACUAUAAAACAGCUGAACAUAUCUUGAUAUAUUUGGAAAGCAUUUUUAGACUUUUGGGAUUAUUUUUGUUCCUAUCAGGGUGAUUUUGUUGUCCUUGCUGCUGAAUCGUCUGCAAAUGGUAUGACACGUAUUUCCUCAUUGCAUAUAUAUCAUAAGUACAAAUGGACAACUUGCAUCGGUUAGGCCAAAAUUUAAUCUAAGUAAAGAGAACGGAAUCAAACACCAUAGCUAACAAGAACAUAAUGAAAUUAGUAAAAUUGCAAAAUUUGGUUGCGAAAUGUUGUAAAGCUUGGAAAAUAUAGUCUUGCAAAGUUUUCAAAUUUUGUAUAUGUUUGUAUUACGUGCGGAAAUUAUUACCUUUUUCGGCUCAAAAAUGGUAACAAUUUCCGCACGUAUACAAAAACAUAUACAAAAUAUUCAAACUUCGCAAGGCUAUAUUUUCCAUGUUUUACAACAUUUCGUAACCAAAUUUUGCAAUUUUACUAAUUUUAAUAAGUUUUUAUUAAAUUUACUUUUUUUGCCUAGAUCAAAAAUUAGUCUAACGUGCAAGUUGUUUAUUGGUUCACGAAUAUAUAUGUAUAUCAUUAAUUAAUAAUAACAAUUGGUAAUUAUAAUUAAUAUAAUAUAUACUUUCGUUUUAGUUGGGAUUGAUGUUAUGAAGACAGAAAUUAAGGGUGUGCACUAUCAUAAUAUCAUUGUUUUUGUUGUGCUUUAGAGUCUAGACACGUUUGUUACUUUAUUCGCAUAUCAGAUUCUCUCUUUAUAUCAAUUUUACAUCAUGCAUGCAUGAUAUUUUCCAUGUAUAUAGGUAAUCAAACAGUGGCAGAAUUCUUCCACACGAUGAGACGUCAAUUUACUUCUUAUGAAUGGCAAACUAUAAAGCAACGUCCUUCUGAACGAAAGCAGUUAGAAAUGUUUAUGAGACAUUGGGUUGGUAGGGUUUUUACGGCGUAUAUAAUUAUAAUAAUUUGAUAUGUCGUUUUGGGUGAUGUGAGAUCUCAAAAAUAGACAAUCUAGUACCUUUUAAUACGAUAAUACAACAAAGUCAGCCUAGACCAUGCCUUUACUCGGCUAGCUUUGGCAGGUUUGGUACAUCCUCGUUCCCAGGGCGCCUCGGCUGGCUUACGUUGGCAGCCGAACCCUGGGGUUGAUGGGUUUGGUCAAUUUCGGGCUAGCAUUUGGUCCCAGUCUUCUCAUGUGAAAAAGCGCUGAAUAUUAAAAAUAAGAAUAAAAAUAAAGAUAGAAGGCCUAUAUAGGUCUAGGCUGCAUCAAAGUCUCAUCAAUCGCAUGCAUGCAGAUUAUAAACUAUAUGGCAACAAUUCUCUUCCAUUAUAGUAAAGCCGAACUCUUUGUCUUCAUGCAUAGAAAACUCUGCAAGAAUGUGCAAAAUGCAUGUUUUCAUAUAUUCUUGAUUUGCACUUGACAUCAUGCGGCCAUGUUGGGAGGAACGCUAACAAAAAACUGAAUAUCAUUAGUAGGUAUUAUAUUAUAUAUAUAUAUAUAUAUAUAUAUAUAUAUAUAUAUAUAUAUAUAUAUAUAUAUAUAUAUAUAUAUAUAUAUAUAUAUAUAUAUAUAUUGGCUUAUAAGAUUUCUUCAGACAUAAAAAAUACACAAAGUGUAUUAUCCAAACGUUUCGCGUAUUACGGCUUCUUCAGUGGAAUGUUUUUACAAUAAUAUUUCCUCCUAUUUAUAUAAAACUAAUUAAAAUGUUUCAAGUCUCCAUCAAGUCUCCAGAAUGUUUCUGGAGACUUGAUGAACGGUUGUACUGGCAGAAUAAUUAGUGUUUGAAUUAUUUUAAUCUAUUAACAUUGUAUAGUAUUUUAAACUAGCCUACGGGACAAUAAAUCAAUUGCAUGUUUUGCAUGUUUUCAUAUACAUUAGCAUACUUAUUGUAAAUUUAGUAUUUUAAUUAGUUUUAUAUAAAUAGGAGGAAAUAUUAUUGUAAGACAUUCCACUGAAGAAGCCGUAAUAGGCGAAACGUUUGGAAAAUAUACUUUGUGUAUUUUUUAUGUAUAUAUAUAUAUAUAUAUAUAUAUAUAUAUAUAUAUAUAUAUAUAUAUAUAUAUAUAUAUAUAUAUAUAUAUAUAUAUAUAUAUAUAUAAUUUCAUAAAGUAAUUUCCCGUUUUUAAGAAUAAAGAGUGCUCAAUCCAAGACAAUUGUAGAGCAUAUAAUAAUAAUUUAAUAUUUUAAUACAAUUUUUCAAUUGAAUAAGUUGCUACUUUAAGUUUCAUGCAAGAAGCAAUCAUCAGGCAAUAAUAUUAAAAUAUUAAAUUAUUAUUAUAUAUAUAUAUAUAUAUAUAUAUAUAUAUAUAUAUAUAUAUAUAUAUAUAUAUAUAUAUAUAUAUAUAUAUAUAAAUUAAUCAACACAUAACGUAACGUUUCGACUUUAUUGUCUUCAUCAAAUAUAAUCUUACUUAACAGGCGAACCCAAUUUAUACCCUCCCAAUUUUGCUAAUUAUACAUAAUAUGGUUAUUUGUGAUUUACCAUACAAAUAACAAUAUCCUGUUAACUAUAAUUAACAUUGCUACGCAUUCUCUAUGUUCAAUCCCGAAGGAUGCAUUGUCUUUAGUUUACUUAUCCAAAAUGCCUCACGUCUGGUCGGUUCCGCUGGGUCAGUUUUAUCAAUUAAAACAAUCUCGCAAUCACUAAUCAAUCCAUUAUGUCCAUUACCCAAGAAAUGUUGAUGGAAAAACAUUUGUGUAUAAGCCUCGUUAUUAACUGCCUUUUUGUGGCAGGCUUUAUAAUUAUUCCAACGGUACCUAAAUUUAUAUAUAUAUAUAUAACUACAGACGGUACCGUUUCGGCCUAAUGGGCCUCAUCAGUGUAGUGCUGAUGAGCAGGAUGAAAGUAACUCUUAUUUAUAGUUACCUUUGAUGCCUCACGAUUGUGGGACAUCAAAACCAUGCCAGAGCGCUCAAACUGCAAACAGUGAGCGUGCGCAAUGCGUAAGCGGCAUGGCUCAUCCUGUAGAGCGCUGAAUAUGACCUAAAGGCCAUAGAGCGAUAUCUAACUACAGACGGUACCGUUUCGGCCUUAUGGGCCUCAUCAGGGUAAUGCUGAUGAGCAGGAUGAAAGUAAUCUAUAUAUAUAUAUAUAUAUAUAUAUAUAUAUAUAUAUAUAUAUAUAUAUAUAUAUAUAUAUAUAUAUAAUAUAUAUAUAUAUAUAUAUAUUAUAUAUAUUUAUGCUUGUAUGUUGCACAUAUAUAUAUAACCAUGCAUUGCAAGAUGUCGUCCUUUUAAAAUCUCUCAUUUCAAGGUCCUAUAAAAUGACACAUUCAUUUUAUUAAGACAAACCCACAUACUUUUAGAAAGGCUGUAUAUAUGCAUGCUUUCCAGUUAAGCGUUUCUCACACGUACGUUUUGCACGGAAAAGUUUAAAUCUUUCUAAAUUCUAUAUAAAUACUAAAUAUCUCAACAAAUACACAUUAAGUCAUACACAAAACCAAAUGCCGUCUUUUUAUUCAUUUAAUUAUUUCUUAUUAAGAAUUUUUAAGUGGAUUUAAACUUUUCCGUGUGUGUAUACACACGUACGAAAAUUGCUUAACUUGAAAGCAGCCUUAACAAUACGGCAACAAUACACCCUUUCGAUAAUUACGUCACGCAUACUUUUUGGUCCUGGAGCCUCGCUCUCAUUAGUAAGUUACCUAAGGUGAUUGGCUCACGGUUCAUGAGAGCGAGGCUCCCAGGCCAAAUGACGUAAUUAUCGAAAGGGUGUAUUGUCCGUUCUGAACAUGUUCAGAAUAUCAGGACUUCCUACGCUACCUCGAAACAUAUAGGGCUGGAAAUAAAAUCUGAACCACUGAGAUACCUAAAAUAGUUGAAUUUGAUCUUCUAGUGCUUAAAGGAAAGUUAUGUGAAAGCUCUAGGUGUUGGUAUUGGAUUGUUGAAGAAACUUCAGUCUAUUGAAUUCCAUAUCACUCCUCAGUCUAUUGAGUUGGACAGUAAGGUCAGCUUAACUCGCCGUAUAAAAUUAAAUUAUAUUACAUUUAUUUAAUAACCAUGAUGUUUUGAAUUUAACCUAAAAUAUUACAUAAAAAUAUUACUCGACUGUGAUUGGAUCUAAAAUCAACCAAUUGAUCAGCUUAAAGCAGUCGUCAAGUAAUGGUCACAGAUUGCUUCAAGACAAAACAAAACAAACAUGGCGGCCGCGCAAAACACAAGCAAAAGUUGAGUUCGGGUGGAAAAUAUGGCAUUUAUCUUUUUUGAAAUAAAAAAGAUUUUAACUUAAACAAACUCGCAAAAGUUACAUAUUUGAGUGAAAUUUCCAUUUCUUUAUAAAUACAACUAAUACCGUACGUGCAUAUUUAUUUUAUGAAUAUAACUGCCAUAAAUAUUUUACUUCCGUCUGAAUUUCAGCCAGUCAGUUUUUGGGAAAAGCAAUAGUUACUGCUCAAAGCAAUAACUAUUGCUCAGAGUUACUGCUGAGGGAGCCAACCAGAAUGCUCAAAGGCCAUUUUUCAAUACUGAAAUUAUACUAAAUACAAGUAGGGUAUAGUGUUUUGUUUGAUCGGGUACAAUUAUGGCAACAUGUUUGUUAUCUAUUGUCGAUCCAUAUAAGCUUGGGUAUAAUUAUAGAUCGCAAAUAAGUGCAUGCAAUGACGAAGAUCAGAGCUAUAGCGAUUGAAAGUGUCGCGAAAUAAAAAACCCACCACUCAAGUACACAUUUCAAACUUUCAGACGGUGGCAAAAGAUACGAAACUUUUCUUGGACAAUAAGUUAUGUGAUGAUUGGUGUUUUGAAGAAACGAAGCUGGAUGAGGAGGUAAGUCUGAGAUGUUUUGAAGAAGAAUUUAAAAUUCGAAUAAAAUUAAAUAUUUGAAACCCUUUGGGCUAUCCCACACUUUAAACUUCAGUGGGAAGAAAAACUAAUUAGAUAUUCAGUCUUCUUUUUCUAAGAACGAACCGAUUUAUUUAAAGAGUGCUCAAGGGCUGGCUUUCGUUAUUCUAGAUCAGUGUGAGAUUUAAACAAAGGUAUCUCAUUUCGCAAGAAAAAUGUUUACAUGCAUCCAUGAUAUUGUAUUUUUAGCACCAAGUGGCUGUGGCAUUACAACGUUCAAAUUUGCUUGAAGAAAACGAAGUUGUCGAGUAAGUCGUAUCUGAUGAUUAUACGGAAUACGAAAAUCCACUAAUUUUCAAAUAAUGUGAUGAACUGUUUCUUUCACAAAUAUUUUGAAGCGCAGGUUUUCAAUUUGAAUAAAUUUUAUCUUUUUUUUCCAAGAUUGGGAAACUAUACAGUAAAACGAAAUAUUUCGGCAUUCUUGUAUGAUGUUACGCUAACAUUGUUGGGUCUGUUUGAACGGGCCUUUAUGCAAUUAUAUAAGUUUUAAAUUUGUUUAUAAGCUUACUAUAUAGAAAUGUUUUAUAGAAAUGGAUCAUUCACGAUAUUAACUAUCGGUGAUUUACUUCCACUUUCCAUCCCUAUCUCAUCUUUGGACGAACAGUUAUGGAAGACAUUUGAGACAAAAAGAGAAAGUCCCUGGAAAAGGUGAAAGACAAGGAAAACGUAUAUAUAUAGUUGUCGUCAGCCUGGAAAGGAGAGGAGUCUGACUUUUCCCGAGUUAGUAUAGUUGACGAUUGUCAACAAUAAAUCUACAUCACGACUGCAUGACACUGAACCACCAAUUUAAAUUAAGACUUUGGACUAAAUUGAAGGAUUGCAUGUGCUCAGAAAUAUGUUGAAAUUCUCAAUGGCAACGUUCAUUUGGAAAGAAACAGUAUAUAUGUGAAUACUGUAAUAUGUGUUGCUACUCUACCCAAGCUUUUAAGCUUUUAAUAUAUAUAUACACUUCCACUGGUGUUUGUUUUGCUAAACUGCAGGUGAAGAAGAUAGUCUUUCAAGUCCUGAAAUGUUAUGGGUCAUGAAAUCCAGCGAGCUCAAUAUAUCCCGGAAAUAUAAGAGUUUCAGCCGAUAAGCUAGUUCGGACUUCGGAGUUGCAGCUGUGAAUCCAUCCAAUGGUCGGCGAUGCACUCGUGGGCCAUUGGCAGUGAAUAUCGAAGGACAAAAUGAUGGUAGACAAAGGAUUUUAUUGAUCCAUGGCACUGAACAUUGUCGAUUAUCGAUGACAUAUACGAGAGGAAGGCUUUGAGGGCAAUUUCAAACGUCGAACUUUUCAUGCUAUGCCUAUGGCCAAAAAUAUGACUAUGAGUACGAGUUCAAACAAAAGUUUAGGUCAUUUACAUUAUAUUACGCACAUGAGAAUUCAGACGUCUGAAACUGGUCUUAUUUUAUUAAAUAUGCAAAAUAGCCUUUUUAGAACAAGAAUUAAUUGGCUACCCACUGUGUCCCUGCCACUUUUUCAAUGUUUUUUUUUAUUUUAGUAACUUUAUAUAGUGUUCUCUUGUAAUCUUGUAUACUUAUUAUGUAUGGCGAAGCUGAUAAAUUCAGAAUUUUUGGACCGCGUCGGCUUGCUCAUGUUAAAAAAAUAUUCCAUUAUUACUAAGUAAGACAAAAUGUGCCAGACCGCUUAAAAAAUAAUAAAAUAAUAAUAAUAAUAGUGUAAAACAUGAAUGGAUAUUUGAAUGAUUCAUUUAAUUGAUAUAUAUGUUACGACUCAUUGACGCUCCUGUGCAUGCUCAGUCGAAACUGUCUGAACUAAAAUAUUUAUGAUUUAUAUAUAGUAAAUGGCUACACAUGCAGAAACAUGGAAAGAUAUAAAUUUGCGCUGAUAGUUCAAUAUUAUUUGCAGACUUGUUUGCAACUUCUCAGGUUUUUGGGGUUUUUUUUUGGGGGGGGGGAGGGCAUUGUCGAUUGAACGACAUACUAUUGAACGGUUUUUACAUUUAUUUAGACCUAAUGGCCAGGAGCAUACAUGCCAGAGGGCCUAUAUAUAUAGUCGCAUUUUCUGCAACUGUACUCCUGCAUGUCUAUAUAUAAUAUAGAUCUAUUUAACAAGUAUAGAUAAGAUUUUGCCGUUGUCUGUUCAGUUAUAGAUACACAGCAUGACGUCAUAAUGUCGUGGUUUUAUAUGUGAUAUAAAAUCAUGUUAAUUUACAUAAGCUUUAGCUUUGAUUUUCUCGGUUUAGACAAAGUUUAUUUUAAAAAUUACUUCGCUAAUGUACUCAUCAGAAGAUGGGUCGUUUUUUUAAGCUAUUUAAAGCACUCGUAGGAGUGUUUUAUCACAUAUAAAACACUCCGCUACGCGUCGUGUUUUAUAUGUGAUAAAACACUCCUACGCGUGCUUUAAAUAGUACAUAAUACAAAGAAAAACCCCGAAUUAAACAGGUAAAUAUAAUGCUUGUGAUGUUACUCUGAGUGUAUAUCCACACUGGGCAAGCUUGAAAAAUAUGCCAGGCCACGGUGGGAAUCGAACCUACGAAUCAAUGGACCAUUUGCAUUAUAGACUAAAUUUUGAUCUAGAAAAAAUUAGUAAUAUUCCAAAGUUUCGUUGCGAAAUGUUGUAAACUGCGGAUAAUAUAGCCUUGCGAAGUUUGCCGUUUUUCAGUCAUUUUGUAUUACGCACGGGAAAUUGACAGCCCAAUCGGGUGUUGGUGCAUCAAUUUCCCGUUUGUAAUACAAAAUGACUGAAAAUUGCAAAUUUCGCAAGGCUAUAUUAUCCGUAUUUUACAACAUUUCGCAAUAAAACUUUGGAAUAUUACUAAUUUUGUGAUGCUCUUUCAAGCUGUGAUGAAAUUUUUGUUUAGAUCAAAAUUUAGUCUAUAAUGCAAAUGGUCCAUUGGUUAGGGCGCUUCCCCGGAGUUGUAUAUAGUUGCAUUGUUUGUAGCUGCAGCUGGUUAUAGGUCUAAAUAAAUGUAUUAAAUUUCCACUCGAAAUUUGUUUGUAACUUGUAGAUCUAACACUCCGUAAACUGAUCAUAUUCUUAUACACUUUCAUUUCAACUAUAUUUUAACGGGCAUCUUCAGGAAAAUGCGAAAAGCUUUCAAAUUGUCAUUAAUCGGAAAGUUGACGCAAUGUCCAUUGUUUUGUGAGUAAUCCGAUAGCACGCACGUGCACAACAUGUGUUUCAUACUUUAUAUCUGACUUAAUCGUCAUUAUAAACAUUAUAAAUAUAUUCGACUUAUAAUGCCGACAUUAUAAUUCGACUUAUAAUGCAGACAUUAUAAUUCGACUUAUAAUGCAGAUUAAAAUUGCGGAAAAGAUAGCUGAAUGCUAAGAGGAAAAGAGAACUGAAUGCGCACCGUUAAUUGAUAACCGCAUAGUCGUCUUUUUGUGCGAUGUUAUUUAAUUACUGAUGAUAUAAUGGGCACAACAUAUCAUAAUAUUAUCGCAAUAAGAUAGCGAUUUUUAUGUAGAUACAGAAAAUGAGAAACAAAGCGUAGGUGUUAAAAUAGCUUUAAAUACAACAAGAAUUGAAUUAUAGAUACAUAAAACAACGAAAUGAGAGUCGAAGCGGAAUUAGAGUAGGAAGGCCGGAAUUAGAGAAGGAAAAGAGGGACAGAAUUACGAAAAGUUUGAGUUUGGAAACUAAAAGACUUCCGCAAGUUAGGAAGUUCAUCAGAGUAGGCUUAGAAAAGUCAUCAAUCGAAACUGAGUGGCCAGUUGUUUUGAGAUGCGAAAGAAUGCUUGUGCGUGUGGGAUUAUUGCUCUCACUGCCGUCAGUCCCACGUGGGUCCAACGUUUCGUCAUUUACAACAUGGGUGUUUUCGCCUUAACAGGCAAAGAGAGUAGUAUCCCACACUUACAAGAAUCAUUUCGCACCUCCAAACCACUGGCCAUUGAUCUUCAAAAUUCCUUCUUCCUUGCGUCAACUCUGAUGAACUUCUAACUCAUGAAAGUCUUUGAAUUUCCAAACUCAAACCUUCCUAAUUAUCACCUACAAAAUUGCUAGUACCAGGCUUCACUACUUAUGCCUUAUAAUACACUCCUGCCUUCCUUCUCUGAUUCCCGCCCCCAGUCUCAUUUCAAUGUUUUUAUUACCUUGUAAUAUUAACUAUAAAUAGUAAAUUUAUUCAUAAUCCUUGAUAUACUGUAACUUUAUAUAUAUAUAUAUAUAUAUAUAUAUAUAUAUAUAUAUAUAUAUAUAUAUAUAUAUAUAUAUAUAUAUAUAUAUAUAUAUAUAUAUUUGUGUGUAUGGCUCUAUUUAAUUAAAGUAUUGGCUCUAUUUAAUUAAAGUAUUAAUGCUGGGCUCUUAUUUUUAUCAGAAGAUUACAAUCAUUACGGAUCAUUUUUAUUUCAGAAAGCCAAUGAGAAAACGUCAUCAGGUCAAGUGUAGGUAAACGUACCGUGAAAUUAAGCAGAUAUAUAAAAGCUUACAAUCCCAUUCACGUGAUAUCUAUGACGGGAAAGUAUAGAUAACCUCCAGUUCAUUUCAACUCAAGUAUCGUUCUUGCAGGUGUACGAGUGAAGAACACAGAAUGUUUCUUUAUAUAACUAUAGUUGUUGUUACACUUGUUAUCUAUUUCAAGUUUUGGAAGAAAUCGACCGACCAUAUUGUAGCGGAUAGCAGCAAGUAUGUGUUCAUAACAGGCUGUGAUUCAGGUUUUGGUCUGAAUACAGCGAAACAACUUGAUUCCCUCGGGUUCACGGUAAUUGCGACAUGUUUGACUGAUGAGGGAGAGCAAACACUUCGGAACAGUUGUAGCAAGAACUUACAUGUUAUAAAAAUGGACGUCACUGACACGAAGGAUGUUCAGGAUGCUUAUGACUAUGUCAAGAACACUAUGAAAUCAGAGAAAGGUAUACAAUCGUACUAUAGAAAACCAUAUAUAUCAUUCAGGUAGCAUUCCGUGGAUAAUUUACAGUAAUCAAAUCCAAACCUCGUGUUUGACUCCUACACGGAACCAGACACAGUACUAAAAUGCGGUGCCCCACAAAUAAAACUUUCUGAAUCCAAGUAAAAUUUAGUACACUACAUUUUAACUACAUUCCUCCUGUCGCCCGGCAGUUUGUCCGUACGCUAGGAUUAAAACUUCGCUUUAAAACCUUCAAAAUGAAGUAUUUGGGGUUCCAAAUACUAUCAAAAUGAAAAGAAAAGUGAGACGAACCAUUGGUAUACGUCCGAAAAAGAGAUAACCAACAACAUGAAAGUUAUCAAGGAUCAUACGUACUGAAUCUUUAAUUAGUUUAAUAUUUUGAGCGAGUCAACAAUACAAUUUCGCUUGUCUUUGAAAGGCCAUAAAUCGCUAGAAUACUGCUGUUUAGAUUUAUUAGAAAUGAAUUUGGCAUCCAUAAGUAACAGUGGUACUUUUUUCCAGAACCAGAGAUAAUCGUUCCUGUUAGUUUAGAGACAAACAUAUUUGAGAAUUGAGAGGGUAUUGUGUUCAAUUGUGCCAUUUGUGGGUGAACUUUCGAAGAAUCCCUCAACCUGCAAACCUUGUCUAAAUACUACCCUUAAAAUAGUAAGGCGGAAUGUUAAUUGAAUAAUUGUAAGCUUCGACGUUUCGAAACCGUUGAGCUUCCUUACGAAGGUUCCACUGGAAACGUGGCAAUUUUCUCAAUCAGUCAAUCUUAGUCUCGAUCAAAACGUCCGAGCAAUGUGAGGUUUUACAUUUCCGGCAUUUCAAUUUUUCAAUAUAACGAUGUACAUAUCGAAAUAUAGAUUUUUAUCUAUAUUUUUUUAGAUAUCUCGCAUAGAUUUUUAUCCCCAAAAUAUUUCAUUUCAGGGCAUUUCCCUGGCAUUGGGGUUCCCGUUUUCCAAAAACUUGGAACGAGGUUGAUUUAUAGCCUAUAUAGGAAGAAAAGCGGAGUAAAAAGUAAAAGAUCCUGCCCCAUAUCAUGUUAACGGCAUCGUAGAUAAUGCCGAGUGACUAGCCGUUUUCACAUUAGAAGACGGACAAGUCGUCUAGACGAACAAAUCAUCUCAAAAUCGUCUUUUGGACGAACAAAUAUCAGAUGUGAAAACGUGUCGAACAAAAUUUUAGACGAACAAGUCGAUUUUUGAGAGGCGAUUUGUUCAUCUCAGCUAGACGACUUGUCCGUCUUCUAAUGUGAAUACGGCUAAUGUUUUGGAGUUCUCUAGGAAACCUUCUUAAUUCCUGAGAAGUAAGAUUCUUCCGCAACAUGAUGAGCUGACAAAACAUCGAAAUUUUGAUGUUUUCAAGUCACAAUAGUCCCUUAGUUUGCCUACAGUUUUAUAAUCGAAACAGCUAUAGGAAUAUUUAUGUUGUAUAUUUCUUUUAAGAUCUAUGGUCAGUGAUCAAUAAUGCUGGUGUUUCUCGCAUUGGACCUCUGGAUUGGCAAACUUUGGAGGAAAUGAAAAAGAUGGCGGAUGUCAAUUUAUGGGGAUUGAUUGAUGUCACUAAAACAUUUUUACCGCUUUUAAAGAUGUCCGGUGGACAUUUAAUAAACGUCUCGAGCAUUGGAGGUAUGGUCAACAUUCUGCUACUUCCACUUUAUGUUAUAUACUCCCCAACAUUUACUGAAAUUCACAAAAGAUGAGGUACCACUAGUAGAAUGUUAUUUUCUGCUUUUUGUAUUUGUUGUAGUUUGCUGUAUGUUUGUUAGUUUGUAUUAAUAUAUUCUGUAAUGUGAUUUAUAUAUUUUUGUUUACACUAUGUGCUUUGACUAUAUUCACCUGAUUGGUUUACUUUUUGUCACAUGAUCGCUUUUGUAUACCAGUAUAAAAGGUCAUGUAAUUUUCCCGACCCCCGCUACUAAGUUCCCGACGAAGGACAUUCGCUCGAAACGUCGAAGUUAUCCUUCUAUUUUUUCAGGUAGUUGCAUCCCUAUCAACCUAAAUUUUGUUAUUACUGGCAGCAGACCGUUCAAGGGUAUAAACAGAAGGUUUAAUGAUACUGGGGUCAUGUUACGGGUUUAAGACCUUAGUUCAGUUAGUAGUGCUCCACUAGUUUCUGAAUUUCUGUUUGGUGCAAAUAAGGCAAAUAUAUUUCUUUUAGGUCGCCUCAGUCUUCCCUACAUGGGCGCAUAUUGUGCAAGUAAAUUUGCAGUUGAAGCAUUCACAGAUGCUUUACGUGUUGAGCUUUGUAACUGGGGAAUAAAGACUAUUCUUGUUGAACCUGGGUUCUUUAAAACCAACAUGAUAGAAAAGAACGUAUUAGGUUCUCAAUUGGAGCAAAUGUGGUCAAGAUUAUCUGAAGAUAAGAAGUUGGAAUAUGGCGAAGAAUUCUUGAAGAAAAGUACGUACUAUAGUUUUACUUUCAUUCAAAAUCACAACAGGUUGUUCUUACCUUAAUUACCUCAUUUACCUGCAUCGCCGGCGCAAUUUUUUCCGUAGACAGUCGGACUCCUCAUUGAUAGUCGAACGCAAUCUCGAACCCGGGGUUAGAGGUUAGGGGCGGGGUUGGGUUGGGUGGGGGACAGGAAUUAGCCUUGAUACAUUAUAAUAGGGGUCACACGAAGUAUAUACCUAUCUAUGAAGAGUAUCCGCUGAAUGUUUUGUUUAAGGGCUUUUGACAUUGCUUAGGUCAAAACUCAAAAUUCAUUUUUAGAUACUUUUAUAGAUAUAGAAUUUUAUAUUUGUAAUUAGAUCCUGAAAAGCCCAAUUGGGAGUAUCUAAUAUUGUAUAAUAAUAAUAAUAAGGGCGCGUGUCAAUGAUGCGUCCGACUAAAAAUUCCCAUAUUCAGACAAUCUUGGACACAACUGGUUGAGACUAUUUCCCCCCCAUAGAAAAUUCGCGCAUUUUUAUGAUAAACUCCACGUUGAAUCAUGUUGCCAUUUUUAAACCCCCGCUCCCCCAACUCAAUGUUGAGCUUGUAUCAUGGUAUAUUACCAAAAGUUGUUUCGGCGUUGUUCACAACAUUGAACUGGGGGGAGGGGGGACAAAGUUUGUUUUGUCAAUGUUCAAUAACUUUGUAAUAUUAGCUGAAAUGGUCUCAAGGGUUUUGUCCAAGAUUGUCUGAAGCACACUGAAUUUAAUUGUGCAUUAUAACUCAAUCUUUUUUAAUUUUCUUCCACUCCAGUAGUCUGAAAGACGGAUAUACACGUUACUUCUUGUUUUUCGAGCAAUAUAUAUAUAUUCGUUUGCAUGAAAAGUGAGCAAAAUAAUGCCUAUUCGAACUUGUCACAUCCUAAAAUAUACGCAUGAAACGCAUGAAUUUUUCUUGUUGUUUCAUCUAAAAUAUAUAGUUUUCUACUGCCAGAAGCGAGUAAUAUCAUGUUACUAGGGCAUAGAGGUCGAGACACAUGCAUUGGGAUUUAAUUCAAUUAUGUAAAUAUCACGUUCAAGUGUUGCUGUGUAUAGGUAUGAAAAUAGCUGUGUAGACAACGUUUAGCAUGUCCAUGAUUCCAUUUCUUUUGAAACUCUGUAGAAAUGUUCUGUAGCAGUAGCUAAUUGGUUCAAAUGGACCAGGGAACGUUCGCACGUUAGAGUGAAUAGGCGUUUUCUGAGCAAACCAUGUUAUCAAGUUUGACCAAUUCGGUUACUUUUAGUGUUGGAUAUGUUUUUACAUUCACUAUACGAAGCUUUCAAUGAUGAUAUGGAAUAAGGUAGAAAUCAAGUUUACCAAAAAUCCAAUAAAUAAUUUACUUUCAUCCAGACGUGUAUUAUGUCCUCCUAAUUAAUUUCCCUUUACUUACAAUAUAAAUAUAGAUUUUGUAUCGCCUGGAACGAUUGCUAAUAUGGAUAAAAAUUUCGGUUACCUACAGUCCUUGCAGUGUAACAUAUAUUUAAUAAUUUUUCCUCCAUCGCAACACUAACUUAUCUGCCUUUCUAACCAUAACUCUCAAACAAUUGGUAUGCUUGUAAAAUUCCCAUAUUCAGACAAUCUUGGACACAACUGGUUGCGACUAUUUCCCCCCCAUAGAAAAUUCGCGCAUUUUUAUGAUAAACUCCACGUUGAAUCAUGUUGCCAUUUUUAAACCCCCGCUCCCCCAACUCAAUGUUGAGCUUGUAUCAUGGUAUAUUACCAAAAGUUGUUUCGGCGUUGUUCACAACAUUGAACUGGGGGGAGGGGGGGACAAAGUUUGUUUUGUCAAUGUUCAAUAACUUUGUAAUAUUAGCUGAAAUGGUCUCAAGGGUUUUGUCCAAGAUUGUAGGUUGAAAGUUCACAGUCUGGCACUAUACUGUAGGUUUAUGGUAGGGUACUGUUUACUUGUUUAGGUAUUAGGUUUACGUUGGUUGGUUCCAUCGCAUGCUUUCAGGGAUAUUUCUGUGGGUUAUCCAGUUUUUGUUGCUCAGUUUUUGUUGACUAAACAACAAUUAAUUCUCGUGCACGAGUACCUUAAACCUAAUUUGACUCAGUUGAAUUGUGCAACGACAACCUCGAAAUUGAAACCAAUCGAAAUUCAAUAAUUUAUAUCCUAUCCAAGCUUGAUUGGUAAAUUGCACUGUUCUUUGCAAUUUGUUUCUUUAAUUCAACGUGAAAUAAAAUUAAGAGGCUCAGAUAUUUAUUUCAUUUAUUGCUUCUGUAGCCAAAGACAACAUGUUAUCUGGCGUAGUGGACAUAUGUGCCUCACCCAAUGUUCACGUGGUCACUGAGGCAAUUGUUGAUGCUGUGACCUCACUGAAUCCAAAGAUUCGUUACGUGCUUGGCUGGGAUGCAAACUUAAUUUGGCUGUGGCUUUCAAGGCUGUCGUCUGGUGUUGGAGAUUUUUUGAAACGUCACAUAUCUAAAAUAGAAAUCCCUGACAAAUUACAACGAAUGUAA